UAAGACCCAACAUGAAAGAGGUUAAAAUGGAGAACCAUGAAAAAGGAGCCAGGUUUCCUUGAGGUCUGAGGCUGGUGAGAGUGGACAGGCUCUUGCUGUGAGGAUGAUCUCAUGUCCCAUGACCAAACUGCAGUCUGUGCAGAUAUGGAGUCUAUGAAUGAGGAAACUAACAGGACCCCAGAGCUGAAGAGCUCUGAGCUGAGGGAGCCACUCCAGGCAGCAGUGCAGACAGCCAAAGAGCAAGAUACCCAGUGUGUUGUGAAGGUGGAAGCUGUUUUGAGACAACGGGUGGGAAAUCCAGGCAGGAUAUUAAAUAAGACGAUUAAAUGUUCAGAAAGCAGCAAAGACUUGGAUGAAAUCUCAGCCAAGGAGGCAAAAGGGAAGGAUGAGGGACAAGUAACCUCAACAGAAUGUGAGAACAGCUCCUACAUUGCAGAAGAGAGGCCAUAUAAGUGCACAGACUGUGGGAAAACCUUCUGUAGGAAUGCUAACCUUAUUAGACAUUAUAGAACCCACACAGGGGAGAAACCCUAUGAGUGCACCGUAUGUGGGAAAAGCUUCUCUCAGAAAGGAAAUCUUGCUAUGCAUGAGAGAAUCCAUGCAGAAGAGAAGCCGUACAAGUGUUUGCAUUGUGGGAAAUCCUUCUGUAAGAACGCCGACCUCCUUCGACACCAGCGCAAUCAUACAGGGGAGAAACCGUAUCAGUGCUCCGUGUGCGGGAGAAGCUUCAGCAUGAAUUCUGACUUUAUUAUACAUUUCAGAACCCACACGGGAGAGAAGCAACAUGAAUGCUCAGAAUGCGGCAAAAGCUUCAAUAAGAAAUGUAACCUGGUUGCACAUGCCAGGACCCAUAGCGGGGAGAAACCGUACAAAUGCUCAGAGUGCGAGAAAUCUUUCACUACAAACUCAGAAGUCUUUAAACAUUACAGAACCCACUCAGAAAACAAACCUUACGACUGCUGGAACUGUGGCAAAAAGUUCAGGCAGGAAUCACAUUUAGCCGCACAUAGGAGAAUCCACACUGGGGAGAAGCCAUACGAAUGCUCAGGCUGUGGGCAGAAAUUUACUCGGAAAGGAAACCUCGCUCUUCACGAGAGAAUCCACACAGAAGAGAAACCAUAUAAAUGCUUGGAAUGUGACAAAUCGUUCCAAGCAAACUACAAACUUAUUGCACAUCAGAGACUCCAUGCAGGAGAGGCUCCAUAUGAAUGUCCGGACUGUGGCAAAAGCUUCAUCCGAAAAGGGAGACUCACAGCACACCUACAGUUCCACUCAGAGAAGAAACCAUAUGAAUGUUUGGAUUGUGGGAAAUCCUUUGUUAUGAACUCCGAUCUCCUUAGACAUCAGAGAACCCACACGGGUGAGAAACCAUAUGAAUGCUCAGACUGUAAGAAAAGCUUUAGCCGGAAAGAUGGCCUUCUCAAACAUAUAAUCAUCCAUUCAGGGGAGCAAUCGCAGACGUAUGAGAAACCCUAUGGAUGCUUGCACUGUGGCAGAAGCUACAAUUACAAGCAAAAUCUCAUUAUCUAUAUGAGAAACCACAGCGGAGAAAAGCCCUAUCGCUGUUCAGACUGCGAUAAGGCCUUUAAUACAAACUCUGAGCUUACUAAACAUCGGAGAAUGCACACAGGAGAGAAACUGUACAAGUGCUCUGAGUGCGGGAAAAGCUUCAGCCAGAAAGGAGACCUCAUUGUCCAUGUGAGGAUCCACACAGGGGAGAAACCAUAUAAAUGUACCGACUGCGGCAAAUGUUUUAGCCUUAGUUACCUUGUGAUCCGCCACCAGCAAAUGCACACAGGGGAGAAGCCGUUUCUGUGUUCUGAAUGCGGGAAAUGUUUUGGUAUACGCUCAAAACUUAUUCGGCACCAGUUGACUCACACAGGAGAAAAACCAUACAAGUGCCUGGACUGCGGUCAGUGUUUCACUCGUAAAACGAACCUUUUCAAACAUAUGGCAGCCCAUUCAGCGAAGAACGCCUCCUUGGUCCAGGGGAGGGCAACUUUUGAAUGGCUGCAGGAGGAGGAGGAGGAGGAAACUCUGAGCAGAGAAGAUGGCCAGGAUCAUGUGCACAAAAGCCCUUGGCUAAGGAAACAAACGUGGGACAUCUACCAAAGAGAGGGUCCCUCAGCAUGGAGUGAAGGCAGAAGGCAAAGGCAUCCAGAAACAGACAUGGAUGAGCCCAUUCUGUGUGCAAAAAACUUCAAAGAUUUAGAUGCCAUCGCAGCCAAGGAGGAGAUUGAGAAAAAUGGCAAGCAAGUGGCUUUGGCCGAAUGUGUGAUGGACUCUCCAAGUUCUACAUGCACCCACAUGGAAGGGAAACUACAUAAGUGUCCAGACUGUGGAAAGUCUUUCAGCAUGAAUUCUCACCUUAUUAGUCAUCAGAGAACCCACACGGGGGAGAAACCGUACGGAUGCUCAGCGUGUGGUAAGAGCUUCUCUCAGAAAGGGCACCUUGCGGUCCACGAGAGGAUCCACAUGGAAGAGAAACCGUAUAAAUGCUCAGAAUGUGGGAAGUCUUUCUGUAAGAACGCUGACCUCACCAGGCACCACCGAAACCACACCGGGGAGAAGCCGUACAAAUGCGCCGAUUGCGGAAAGUCGUUCAGCAUGAAUUCCGACUUCGUUAGGCAUUACAGAACCCACACGGGAGACAAAAUGUACGAAUGCUCGGACUGUGGGAAGAGCUGUGGAACGAAGAGCCACCUGGUCGCUCACCUGAGAAUGCACACUGGAGAGAAACCGUUUGCCUGUGCGGUCUGCGGGAAGAGCUUUUCUCAGAAAGGGAACCUUGUCAUUCAUCAGAGACUCCACACCGAGGACAAGCCCUAUAAGUGCUCGGACUGCGGGAAGUCCUUCUGUAAAAACGCCGAUCUGGUCAGACAUCGCCGAAACCAUACAGGGGAGAAACCAUACACAUGCCUGGAGUGUGGGCGGUCCUUUAGUAUGAACGCUGACUUUAUCAGGCAUUACAGAACCCACACGGGGGAGACACAGUACAAAUGCUCCGAGUGUGGCAAAAGCUUUAGCAAGAAGUGCAACCUGGUCACACACGUGAGAAGCCACACGGGCGAGAAGCCCUACAAAUGCUCAGCGUGCGGGAAAAAGUUCUCCCUCAAAGGGAACCUCGUAGCCCACGAGAAAACCCACACGAAAGAGAAGCCGUGCAAAUGCUUGGACUGCGGGAGGUCCUUCAGCGUGAACUCUAAACUCGUUGAGCACCAGCGACUUCACACACGAGAAAAACCAUACGAAUGCUCGGACUGUGGCAAAAGAUUCCGCUGGAUCGGAAACUUCAUGUCGCACAUACAGUUCCACUCGGGGGAGAAACCCUACGAGUGUUCGCUGUGCGGGAAAUCCUUCAUUAUACAACACGACCUUGUUCGGCACCAGAGGACCCACACGGGAGAGAAGCCCUACAGAUGCGCGGAGUGCGGGAAAACGUUCAGUCAGAAGGGGAGCCUUGUUGUACAUGAGAGAAUCCACACAGGAGAGAAGCCGUACAAGUGCGUGGAUUGUGGGAAAUGCUUCAACCUCAGUUCUUGCCUCAUCCGACAUCAGCUAACCCACACGAGGGAGAAACCCUAUAAAUGUGCAGAUUGCGGGAAAAGCUUUGGCGUCAGCUCUCGCCUCCUCCAACACCAGCAGAUCCACACAGGAGAGCGGAUUCAUAAAUGCUCGGAAUGCGGGAAGAGCUUCGCUCACAGAAAAACUCUUGUCAAGCACAUGCAAACACACACACAGGAGGAGAAGCCACAGACUUGCUUGGUGUGUGGGGAAAGUUUCAUGGACCCUCCUGCUUUUAGCCAGCAUAAGAGAGUCCACGCUGAGGAGAACUCCUAUGAAGUCGCCAUGUUGUGACAAGCAUUUGCGUAUCGGCCUUUAUAGAGGAAAUAACCCAGAGGUAGAAUGAGGAUCUCACAUCAGAUAAUAUUCAUUAGAAGGGAGGACUUUUAAAUGCUCUGAUUGUGGAAAGAGAUCAUGAGGGAUUUUUUAAUUUAUUUAGUAAGGAACAAGUAUCUUUUUUGUGGUAGAUGAGAUCAAAAUUCUUUCAGUCUGCUCCCUUACCUGAACACCACCACAAGGGCUAACGGAGAACCACCUUGCCCUGAGGGGAGAAGGAAGAAAACAGCCUGAGGACUGCUGUUACUCUGGUCAGGGGAAGUUAUGGUUUGAAGCUGUUGCGUCACCAGUGAUUCCAUUUGGACUUAAUUUAGAUAUUUUGCUAAAUAUCUCAAGUAUUGUCUGUCUUGUUAGAAAUGACAAACUGGUGGUUUUAAGACGACUUCUAAGGUAUUCCUGAUAUUGCUGUGGCAUAGGAGCCAAUUUCUAGGAGCCAAGGUGUCUUCGCCCCCCCCCCACUCCAUAAAAUAUUUCAGGGGGCUGGGUCCCCCCAAAUUUGAUGGGCAUCGCCAUUGAAAUGGUGUGUGCACACCACAUCAUGUGAUUAAUUAUGUAGGGCAGGGCUUACCUGCCUCCCCCAUGUUUUAUUCAAGCUAGAACCCCUGUGCUACAGCAAGGAAGCCCUGAGGCUACAUAUUUGAAAAAAAUAUGCUUUUUAUAUUACAAGACUGCCUUCUGAAAUAGCUUUGUUUUUUACUCACUUUUAUAGGUAGUUAGGGUGGUUCAAUUUUAGGUAACGUCCAAAACCUUCCCUGUUUUAAUCUGUCAUUUGUGUGGAUUGUGUGUGCAUUGACACAAUUUAGUUCAGUUUAGGGAAAGAGAAAUUGGAAGCCACUUCAUUGCAUAGCUGACACAGGAAAGACAUUACAUUAAAUAAUUGGGUAUAAUGUGUCCUGUAACACCAUUAAAAGCUUACUUCCUUUUUUAUGAA